UCAGCUCUUAACGGUACGAUUGAGCUCUCGGUUGAACGUGAUAUUAUGGUGAUGGGAAGGACGGGUAGCGGAAAGACAACGUUUAUCAACAUCAUAUCCGGCGCAGACCUCGAAACGGAAGCGAGCUUGGAACAGUGCACCCAGCAGAUUCAGAGCGUGAGUUGUCAUGAUCCCGACGCUCAAUCCCACAGUGUCACCUUGUAUGACAUCCCCGACAUCGAUGGAUUGCCCCAAAUAGAAGAUGCACUUGCUUCGCUAACACACAGACGAAAUGAAACUCGGUCGCGCCCAUAUGCAGCGAUCAUCUUCGUUCUUGACAUCAGUCGACCACGGGAUAAUAUCCGGCGGGAUCGCAAUUACGUCUUCCUCGAGGACCUCAGAAGGAGGGGCAGACUACGAAGGUUGUUAUUCCUCGUUACCAAUUGGCCGGAAGACGACGAAGAACAUCGUGAUCCAUCAGCACCAACGGAAAGUGAACAAAACGUCGUGGGGCCCCAAAGACGGUGGCACGACUACAAGACAGAUUAUCUCAAAGAUCUAAUCGAAGCGGGAGCUACUGUUCACCGGUUCAACAGGAGAGCUGAUGAUAUCCACCAAAUUUUUCGCAAGCUUCUGAGGACGCAGGAAAUGAACCAGUCGCAAGCAUGUGGAGGUAUACAUAAUGCGGUCACCCGGUCACCGACUCGAAUGACGAUCCGACCAAAGAUUAGCAAGUACCGGGAGCUGGGCUAGGAAAUGGGGAAAGAUGUCGACGUUUCUUUCGGGCGAUGGCGUUCAAAAUUUGGGAAAAGCCCGCAUAUGCGUCCGAGUGAGCUUCGAAUAUGGGUUGUGUUAUAUCCAAGCCGUACCGUCACUGCGAAAUGAGACCAUCCGUGUGGAUUGUGCUCCUAGUAUCAUACUAUGUAUAGUAUCUUCACCCUUCCCGACUUCGAAGAGAGGCAGGCUCUUCGGCUCGUACCCACUAUCCUUAUCUGGCAAAUCAAUUAGUCACGACAUUCC